AUGGUCCGCUCUCUCACAUCUCUCGUCACCCUUGCGGGUUUUGCUUGGGUCGCUAGCCCUGUUGUAGCUGUAUCGCGGCCUGGCGUUGAUGCACGGACGAGGAGAAGGGCAGACGUGCCAAUUACAGACCCUGCAAGCCAUGUCAACCUGUUCAUAGGCACGACUAGCUCCGGACAUGCCUUCCCAGGUGUGACGCUACCGCACGGGAUGGUGAAAGUUGGGAUCGAUACGGACUCUCCAGAUAAUCACGCAGGUUACGACUCCAACCCAUCGUUCUCGGUGACAGGAAUUUCCCAACUUCAUGACGACGGUACCGGAGGGUCUGUCCCCCUAUCGAUCUUCAAAUUAUUUCCGAUGGCAUCAGGUCAUUGUGAAGCCGGCAACGUACUCGAAACCUGCGAUUGCGACAUUAACUCGCGCAAGCGGCCGCGAAAAACGCUCGCGGAUGGAUCUCCUGACGACGUUGCGGAGCCCGGUUACUUCGCGUCCAACCUGACCACUGAUGUCCGCAUCGAGCUUACCGCAACCCGCCGUGCCGCCCUGCAUCGGUACACCUUCCCACCCGGUACAGCCAUUCCGCGGAUGGUGGUCGAUGUGACAAACGACGGGCAAUCGAGUAACUCGAAUCCGAUCGUGCAUAUCGACAAGGAUACCGGCCGUGUAACUGCUGGCUCGACGUUUGCUGCAAGCUUUGGACCCGGCACAUACCGCGCUUUCCAGUGCGUGGACUUCAAGGGUGUCGGUUUCGACUUGGGAAGCCCAGUCGAAUUUGGCACGUAUUUAGGCAACUCUCCCAUCCGAGGCCUUGUCGAUGGCAUUCAGGAAUACACAGGCUACCGAAGCGAACUAGGAGCACUUUUAGGCUUCAAGACAAACGGGGACGGCCCGACAACGAUAUUUGCGCGCGUGGGCAUGUCCUUCAUCUCGACCGAUCAGGCAUGCCAGAACGCCGAGUCCGAGAUUCCUACAUUCGACUUCGAGGGGACGCGUGCCGCCGUACGCGCAGAAUGGAACGAGCUCCUGGGUCGCGUCCAAGUCGAGACUCAUGGAGUGGAUGACGACACGGUCGAGCUGUUCUACUCAUCCCUGUACCGGACGCACAUAUCGCCUGCAGACUACACGGGCGAAAACCCGUUGUGGCAGUCCGAUGAGCCGUACUACGAUUCGUUCUACUGCAACUGGGACACGUUCCGUACGCUAUACCCACUGAUGUCUCUGCACGACCCCGAGAACUUUGCACGCAUCGUGCGCGGCAUGAUCAAUAUUCAGCAACAUGAGGGCUGGCUCCCGGAGUGCCGCGGCGCAACUGCAAAACAGUGGAUGCAAGGAGGCAGUGAUGGCGAUCCUAUCCUUGGGGAGUUCUUUGUCAAGUUUGCUGAACAGGCAGCGUCACUCCAAGUCCCCGCCGAUGCGUUGUACAAUGCUCUACUCGCCGACGCGGAAGACCAGCCUCCAAACUGGAACCUGCAGGGUCGGCAGAUCAACGCGUGGAAGCAAUUCGGGUACAUUCCUCAGGACCUGGUAGAACCCGGUGGUGCAAACACGAAGCAAGUGUCGAGGGCGCUCGAGUAUGCGUUUGGCGACUUCGCGAUCUCACAGGUUGCGAAAGCGCUAAACAAGACAGCCGAUGGGCAGAAGUAUGCGAAGCGCGCGGGAAACUUCGCCAAUGUCUGGAACGCUAACGUCUCUGUACCUGGAAAUGACUCGAUUGUUGGCAUGGUGCAGCCGCGCUUUGUGAACGGGAGCUUUGGCUUCACGGACCCGCGGCACUGUAGCCCGAACGACCCGACCGGCUCGACCUGCUUCUUGUUCAACCAGAACUUUGACGGGUUCUACGAGUCGUCUCCCAUCGUAUACUCGCAAUUCGUGCCCCAAGACACGGCGAAGCUGAUCGAACUGCAAGGAGGCCCCGAGAAGUUCGUCGCUCGUUUGGACUUCAUCUUUGACCAGAACUUCUUCGAUUCGACGGACGAGCCCUCACAGCAGAUUCCGUUUAUGUACCACUACGCGAACAAGCCCGGCCACAGCACGCAGCGCUCGCGACAGGUGCUCGCACAGCACUUCAGCACCGCGACGAAUGGGCUUCCGGGUAACGAUGACUCUGGUGCAAUGGCCAGCUAUGUCGCGUUCUUCCUCGCGGGUCUCUACCCCGUGCCUGCGACCAAGCAGUAUCUGCUCUCGUCCCCUUUCUUCCCACAGAUCUCGUUCUUCAACCCCGCUUUCAACUCUACUACCACGAUCAUCACAAAGAACUUUGUCGGAAACCCUGGAGAUGGCACCGGAGGCACCGUCUUCGUGCAGAACGUGACAAUUGACGGGCAGCCGGCGAAGUCAAACUGUUUUCUGGAGUGGGACGUCUUCCAGCGGGGCGCCACUGUCGAGCUCACGCUCACGGACGACAUCGAGGUAUCGUGUGGGAACGGCACCGAUGCACUCCCGCCGUCGCUCUCUACCGGAGGGUUCGACGUCUGAGUACACAGUGCCCCGAGAGGCUGUGGACAUCGUAGCGAUCCCGAACGAGGUAUCAUGACGUGU